AUGAAGACUUCACUACUUACUUUCGCUGUUGCCUACGCCUCAACGGUGUCUGCUCAGACAACCCAAUGGGAUGAUUACACCGUUACUCUCACUCCUUCAUCAAUGUACAAACAAGGUAGUUCUCCCACAAGCUCUUCCAGCGCUUACAGUUCUUCGAGUUCUAAUGCUCCAUCCAGUCCAAGCAGUCCAAGCUCUUCAAGUACUUCUAGCUCUUCUCCAACCGACUUUAGCAGCCAAUGGAGUACAGCAUGGACUUCAGGAUUUAGUACCGCUUUCACUAGUUCUUGGGGUGAUAUUCCAAGUUCUUCAUCCUCUCAGCCAAGUUUAUUACCAGUUUCAAGCUCCUCAAGUUCUUCCAGCUCUUCCCCAACCGAAUUUAGCAACCAAUGGAGUACGGCUUGGACCUCUGGCUUUAGCACCGCUUACACUAGCUCUUGGGGUGAUAUUCCAAGUUCCUCAUCCUCUCAGCCAAGUUCAACUUUCUCACCAAGUUCCUCUGGUUCAUCUUAUCAACCAAGCACUUCGACUCCACCAAGUUCAUCACCAGCUCCUAGCUCCUCAGCAACUCCAACCAGCGGUGGUAGUGGUGGUUCUCAAACCAUGGAUGCUGCUACUGCUUCUACGCUAUUGGAGUUACACAAUGAAAAACGUUCUAGACAUCAAGAUACUUCUCCAUUGACUUGGAGUGAUUCAUUAUCUGCAUGGGCUUAUGGAUAUGCCAAUAGCCUAAAAGGAACAGCAUAUGAUCCAUGUUCUGGUACUUUGUUACAUUCUUCCACUAGGAAUAACAUGGGUGAGAACAUCGCCUACGCUAGUUAUGCCAAUUGGGAUUUUCUAAUUGAUAUGUGGUACAACGAAAUCGAACACUAUGAUUACAACGAUAUUACUGGUAUUUACCACGAUGGUGUGGAAGUUGGUCAUUUCACUCAAUUGGUUUGGGCAGCAUCUCAAGAAGUUGGUUGUGCAUCUGUCCAAUGUCCAAACGACGGUACCUACUUAUUGUGUGAAUAUAGUCCACAAGGUAACAUAUAUGACGGUAAUGCUGGUGAAGAUGAAUUCGGCUUGUUCAAGCAGAACGUUAAACCUUUGAAAUGA